CCAUCCAUGCAUCUGCUCCACGGGUCUGCUAUGAUCGGUGGCAGCUGCGGCGGCAGAGCUCUCCGGCGAGUCGACAGCUCCCCGAAGCCGUCCUUGUGCCGGAGCGACGCCAUGAAGAAGAAGAGGAGCAAGAGGUCCAGGCUCUCGGCCGCGCUGCGGGAGCUCAGGCUGGCGGCCAAGGCGAGGGACAAGGAGGGGCUCCUUCAGAUCCUCGUCACCGGACACCGCACUAGCCGCGGAGGAUCCGGCAACGGCGAGCGCACCGGCGGACCAUCGACGGAGCGCGGUGUAGCUGAUACGGGCGACGACCAGCGCGCGACACUGCGGUGGCAGGGACGCGGCGUUGAUGCAGCCGGGCGUGCCGAUGGUCCUCUUCUUGAGUUGGGGAGACCGACAGCAACCAGGGGAGCCAGCUGCGGCGGCCGUCGUUGCCCGAGUUGGGCGCUGGCAGUGGCGCUUGUGCUCGCGCUGGUUUGCGUGGUAGCGCUCGGGACGGCGCCGGCCAUCUGUUGCUGCACCUGCGCGGCCUGGUUGUGCGGCGGCUGCGGCGCGCAGGAGCAUGCAUCUGACCGGCGGCGGGGCGGCUCCUGCCGUGGCAGCGUUAGAGUAAUACAGCCACAAGCCGGUAGUACACUGUAUCAUGCAGAGGUCACCAGUGGGUGAACUGUAUGAAUUUUUGUACAGUAUGUAUGCAUUUUGCAUAUUCUUUAUUUUUUCGUGAGAGAAUAUCACAUAAAAACCGAUGGCGAUCGAUAAAAACCACGUGAAAACAAUGUUUUAAAGUUUCAAAAUGUUAGAAUAAAUCCGAGGCAUACCGUCGAUCAUCCGAGGAUGAAGCAACCACACGAGGCACGACACCGAGGAUGAAGCAACCACACGAGGCACGACACCGAGAUUUGUUAACGAGGUUCAUCAAUAUGCCUACAUCCCUGGGGCUUGAUUAUGAGCGCUUCUCCCCAUGACACCGUGACAAUACUGCGCACUGGCCAUCCGGGCACCGGCACACGCCGUCGGCUCCUUCUUGCGUGUCU